ACAGAGCCUUCAACGGGGACAUUGACACCAGUCGCCGUCAUCGCCGACGACUCUUGCGGCUCAAAGCACUCCAUUCCUUUGGCUCCGUUGCAUUUCUAUUCCUGGCGCUCACUUGGUUCCCUCUAGCGGCCGCUACAACCCCUUGCGAGCUUCGGGCCCAAAGCGGUGUUUUUUGUUUGCAUCUCGAUACGCCACAGUUCUCAUGUCCCCGCGACGUAGGCACGACGCACUCUCCAGCUCAUCAACAUGUCCUCCUCCCGGUACCCGGACAACACUAGCAGGUACCCGCGCGAGAGAUCGCCUUACCGCGACCGGCGUGCCUCGACUUAUACAGGCAGCACCUACGCUCCAAGAGGAGGCGACUCCCACAGGCCCAGCGCCGACUCGGUGUCAUUUUCCCCUAGAGACGUCCCUCGCGGUCCAAAGUCCCUAGCAGACCCCGCCAGGCCUUCUCCCUCCGGACCACCUGCCGUUCCCUCGGGACCACGUGACCCACCCAGGCGAGCAUUUUCCGGCCGUGGCGACGGUCCGCCAUCGCUGAGGGAUGCUCCUCCGCUAACCACACUCACCUCAAGAGACCACAACACAAGGGACCAUUGGCGUGCUGACCGUGACCGCGACCGGGACUUUCGGGAGAGGCGGCCAUCCCCUCCUCCUCGACGCUCUCCAGUCAGAGAUUCCAGAGACUAUUCUCUAAACAUUGACCGUGCAAGGCGCAACUCACGAGAUGGUCCCCUAUCGGCAGGCUCAACCUAUUCCGACCCCCCGCUUACAACCGGAUCAUCGUACCGUGGAAGUGGUAUCGGUGGCCGAGGCCGUGGAGGGAGAGAUUUCGGUGGCGACUUUAGACCUCGGGGCCGUGGCUACAUCGACGAAAGAGACCGCCACCAUGACCCCCGGGACCGUGUAUACCGCCCUCGGAGCCGUUCCCGAGACCCUAUACGACGGGAAAGAGAUGCACGGGACGAGCGCGACUUCGACCGGCGGGACCGUGAUGACCGCCGUUUCGAUAGACGUGACGACGAACCUCGGCGUUAUGACUCCUAUCAGGGCUCCGCCGCUCUGAAGCCAGCUCUCCGAAGUCUAGAUACACACCGCACCAGUGCUGGUACGGACCUUCGCAAUCCACCAGGCACGGCGACAGGACCCAAUACGCCACACUCGGCGCACCACUCCAGUACCAAUGAACGAGCGGGCUCCUUCGUAGACGCAUACUCGCGCCGGUCCUCUGUUGUCGCGGAGGCCCCCAGUGCAAAAGAUGCACGGCGCCAAGCGGAUCAGAACGACCUGAUUGCCAGCCGAGCCGAACUCUCCAAGGAAAGAUAUGGGCCCCGCGCAUCGUCCCCGCCAGCUUCCGUCCCGAAUUUUGGAUUCGUCUCCAAUGUCUGGAGAAACCCCGCACUUGAUUCGAAGCCGGCUAGCGGCGCGCCUGCACCAAAAGCCGUUGCUGCCCCGCCGGUGUCGUCUGCUUCCGGCUCGGGAUCCUCUGGCAAUGCGUCAGCUCCUUCCUUGGUCCCUCCUCCCGUCCCUGCGUCAACCUCUACUCGCGCCUUUGCUUCAGUUUCCACUCCCGUGUCUGCGCCAGUCUCUGCUCCCGCCUCUACACCAGUUUCUGCUCCCCCGUCUGCCCCAGUCUCCGUACCUGCCUCUACACCAGUCUCCGCUCCGCUCCCUGCACCAGUCUCUGCGCCAGCCUCUGCUGCCGCGUCUGCACCCGUCUCCGCUCCAGUCUCUGCACCAAACCCUGCUCCAGCGUCUGCCACUGUCUCAAAGCCCGCUAUACCUUCGGGCCUUUCUACGGUUCCUCCCACUGGACCUAAAGCCGACAGGGUGGACAGGCCCCAGACGGACGAUCAUCAUGUCAAAGAAGGCAAGCCACAUAUCAUUGAGGCGCAGCGCACCGACGCUGGCGGACGUUCGGUCAUGCCUCCAUCCACGGCCCCAACCAAUUUGUCUGCGCCUGAGCUCGCAGAUGUCAGAGUUUUGGCGCCGACAGCAGGUCCCGCCAAUAUCCUGCCUACAGGACCAGGGGCCAGGCAUAAGAUUCCUCCCGGUGGACCUCCAGCUGGGCCCCGGAUGAACGUAGCACCAGCUUUCUCAAGACCGCCACCCCCUUCACACACCGUCGCUGAGAGUUCCUCUGGGACAAUACCUCUGGGUCCCCGGAAGUCCUUGCCCAUGAGCGCGUCUCCAAAAAGCACACCGAUGAAUAUCCCCACCGGCCCCAAGGCGGACAGGGCUCCUCUCGUUCCACGCCCUCCCCUGUACGCACCUCCCGAUCGUCCAGGCUUUGGAGGGCCACGGAAUCCUUGGGGAAAGAGUAACCAAUGGGUAAGGCCUGAUCUCAAUCGGCCGCCAAUUGUCCCCGCCAAACGGGAGUUUCCCACAGAAGACCGCGAGAGAGCAUUUGGCUCAGCACCGAAAGCCCCGAGAUUAGAAGCUAGUUUUGCGGCCUCGGACGCACAACGUUCUGAACAAACAAGAGUCGACGGUAUAGCAGCGCAUCGCGCCAGCGAAGCCUCGCUAUCAAAAAUUCAGGUCCCUCCUCAGCCGGUAAAGGCGCCCUCCCCCCAGCGCAGCCCUGCCAAGGCCAGACGUUCGUCCGAUACAUCUAUGCCGGAUGCAUCGCCUCGGAUGGAGCAGGCAGCCUCCGCGCCGGUUGUCCCAGAAGGUCUGCCCAUGGAUGAUUCCGAUGAUGAUUUCCUGUUGGACGAAGAGGACUUCGCGACUUCCGAAGCCAAAUAUAAACGUGAGAAAGCUCUCCUGGAAUCCAGGCUAGUAGAUCUGAGUGCCUCACGAUUACGCGCCACUACACCUUUGCAAGAGAUCAUGCUCUUGUCUUCUCUGAGUCUGGAACAUUUGCCGGGCGAACCCUCUGUGUCCAAGGCAGAAGAUGGAAUAGCUAUGAACGAGGUACCCACACCUGCCGCCAAUGAACCUUCCGCCGACGAAGGAGAGCCGAUGGCUGUGGAUGAAGAGACUGCCCCUGCGGAAGAGACGGCACCCACUCCCGCCCCUAUUCAAUUGCUGGAAACCGUCACGGCUGAGCUGCCGAUAUCCAAGGCCGAGCUCCCAACGCCCAAGGCCGAGGAGAGUGGGGAUCAUGACGUGGAGGGGAAGGGACAGACUCGCAUGGCCCCAGCGACACGAACCCUUCGCCUUCGGAAAGAUAGAUCUGCCGACAGAGAAACUACCCCUCCUGACUUCAGCUCCCUACCUUACCUUGCGUCGGCCCCGCCGACUCCCCCGUCUGAGCUCGAUCCUGAUCGCCCUUCAAUACCCGAGUCCGUGUUGGUGGGUAUCCGUGAUAUGUUACGGAAGGCAACGGCGCCGGAAAGGAGCCCAGAAGAGGUGUUGCAGGAGUAUGCUGAAACGUACAGGAAUUGGCGUGCUCAUGUUCAGGAACUCGAUCAGCAAAAAGGUCAGGACGAUCAUGAUAUUCAGCCGUCUGCCGAAGGCUCACUGAAGGCGACGACGCCCGAUGCUGCAGGCUCCACGACAGCUGCUCUGCUGGAUGGACAGCCGACCCACGGUCGCCGCGGCCACGGGGGCCGUUUCGCAACAGAGUUAGACUUGGAGCAGGCCAUCAAAGAGUCGCUGAAGACGGCCGAGGAGGAGCGAAUGGGCAAGAGAGAUAAGGAAACGCAGAAGUCUUCUUGGGAUCCUGAGCGAGAAGCAGUUGUGCCAACCAUGCUGACUGCCUAUGACAUUCAGAGGAGAUGUUUCAUCGACACCAACUUCCAACGCGAGCCCGGCCAGGGCAUAUUUGUCUAUCACUACGAGCCGCCUGAGGAUGACUUCACAGAAGAGGAGCACAAGGUCAUGGUUCAGCAUUACAAAGAUCAGUACGCGAAAAAGUGGGGAAAGCUGGCAGAGAUCUUGCACAAGGAACUGGGAACAAGCCGUACAUACAAGGAUACAAUCAACCACUACUAUGCCACAAAGUGGGGCAGAGAAUUCAAACAGAAAUACAAGCGAGGACGUGCUGGAGGAACCAGAAAAAAGACAGCCGUACGCGGGCGUGGCGCGCAGGUUGACCGUACUGAGCAAGGAGAUGAUACACCGCUUGCGCUAACUGACACUGGUAGACCCCGCCGUCAAGCGGCUCCAACUUUUGGCAAUGAUACUGAAGUGGAUUCGCUGGGAGCCACCCCAACACCUGCACGCCAACGUAGACAGAACGAGUUGGACGGGCCGCAAGAGAAAGCGCCUAAACGUGGAAAGGCGAGAGAGAAGGGUGGCCGGAAGCAAAAGGCUCAACAACCUGUAGCGGUCGCACCGGCACCGUCUCCUGGCAAAGUCGAUAAGAAGGAAAGGGACGUGGGCCUAGGCGUCAAAGCAGAAGACGAACCCGGCAAGCAACCAGCAGAGCUUCCUCUGCUCACUCCAUCUCUACAGCCCACACCUUUGGAGGACCAGUUGAUCCCUCACAACGAACUUGCUACCCAAGCCGGCCUGCCGCCGACGAUUACGGAACGGCCCAGAUCCAACACGACUAGUCGACCAGGCCCUUCCAGCUACUGGUCCGUUACAGAACAGAACGACUUCCACCGGAAUGUGGCCCAUUUUGGGACGGAUUUCGCCGCCAUUGCCGAGCAUAUGAAAACGAAAUCGCAGACAAUGGUCAAAAACCAAUACCUCAGGCUGGUCGAAUCCGGAAGCAGCCCCGAUCUGGAGAAGCUGGCAAACGAAGCCGACAGGAGGCGUGAGCGAGGAGAACAUCUCGGUCCACCGCCGACGCCUACUCCAGCCCCCAAGCGGCGGUACGAUAACCCUGCCGUUCUUCCGCCUCGAAGUCUGGCGCCUACCCCUGAGGUAGCCGAGUCAAUUAAAUCGCCCCCGAUCCAUCCUCUUGCGCACCCAACCUUCUCUCCGUCACAUCACGCUCCUCUUCGCUUCCCAAGUACUGCUACGACUCCAAUGCAAGCGGCGUCGAUUGCGCCUGGAGCCGGGUCAAUGGUCGAAACACCCUUGGCUGCUCUUCCAUCAGGGCCACCUCGGCAUUCUCCUCCGGCCCCUCCUCCACCACCAGCACCACAACAACGUAUCCAGGUACAGCACCUACAGCCUGCCCAUUCCCACCGCAAGUCACAUCACAUUGGACCUAGGGCUGGUUAUUUCUCUGACGAUCAACCGCUGCGUAUUGAGAAUCGCGCCCCUCCGCAACAGCCACCUCUGACGCACCCUCCUCAUCCGCUGCAACAACAGCUCCAAGCACAAAUGCCUCCGCAAAUUCGCAGCCAGGAGCCGAACGCCGCGACUAUUUACCGUUCGCAUCAGCAUGAAAGAGAGGCUCAGAUCAGGUUGGAACAGCAGCACGAGAGGGAAGCUCAGUUAAGGUUCGAGACGCAUUCGCGACGUUUGUCGAUGGACACGGCUUUUGCUAGGCAGCCGUCCUCAAGUGUCGCCGUCUCAGGUCCGAGUAUGUCUAUGAUGCGCGCCAGUUCUGGGCCUGGCUCCCCUGAAAGAAGACCGUCUCAGCAUCGGUAUAUGCCCGCCUACCCACCGACGACCAGUCAGCCUCAACAGCAAAUGAUUAGUCAGCCUCCUGGAUCCAUGGCAGCGCCACAGCAACUUCCGUCUCGAUCGACUCUCGUCACACCUACAGUGAAGGAAGAGCCACGUCAUUAUUCUAUAUCGGCCCAAGCAUCCAAUCCUCAUCAUACUCAGCGUAUCCAACAUGCACAUUCCCAGGCCCAGGUGCAGGCUCACCUUCCCACCUAUCCACAGCCUCCUCCAACAAGCGCUCAGACAUCGGCGCCGGCACCGGCUCCGGCAGCGCCACCCCGACCUCCUACCGAACCUAAAAAGUCGAGUCUCCUCUCCUUGCUGAAUGCUGAUGAACCAGAGGAACCCAGGCGCAAGAAGGCCACCGAGGUGCCCUCCCAACCCCCUACGCCUCAACAACACCAACCAGUCGCACCUCCUCCUCCCACCCAGACAACACAAAGGUCUGAGUUCUACGGAGCCGCUACUUCGCAACCUGCAUAUCUACGGGCAUCAUACUCACAACCACACCCACUGGUCCAUCAGCAGCAUCCUGCCCAUCUUUCAGCGAGUCGGCAGAUCAUCGAUCAAACCAAUGAGCAGCAAGGAGCAAGGGCAAGCCCGCGGGAUGGCUGGCAACAGAGGCAGACGUUCCAUCCAGCGCAAGGCUCGGCGCAGCAAUCUGCGCCCGUCAAUUCUCCUCACUCGUCUCUGGCGCAGCCCGGAUUUGGUGAAAACCGCAUCCACGGGACUCACCGCUCUCUGCUUGCUCAGCAUAGCGGUCCUCGCUAUAACACUCCGCCGCCCAAUGCCUACAGCGGUUCCCCACAUAUGCACUCCCGAGCGUCUAGUAUCAGCGGCCCUCCGCAUCAAAGCCGACAUGUCCCGUCCGAUGGCCAAGCCACGCCGGGCUCCUCGCAGAUAUUACAGCCGAACCCUUACGCCCAGGUAGAGCCUACAGGUGGCAGUUUACAGAACAGCGGACCUGCUGGCAUGCGAGCAACCCUUCAUUACCCCAACGCGGGACAACAAAGGGAUACGCACGACCGAAAGGAGCAGUCGCAGAUGCCUACCGCCAACUUGCCGUUCUCUAAGCCCCAGACGCCCGGCGAUAUUCAACCGCCUCAUGCCCAGAUUAGAGCUGGUAGCAUUGUCGAGCCAUACCGACCCAGGGACACAUUCCGCGAAUACAAUCCCCAGACGCAUGAUCGCGAUUCGUCAAGGGAACUCUCGCAGAGAACAGAUAUGCUGCUGCGUGAGCAAAUGGCACGAUCCACGGGGCAGCAUCCGCCACAUCAGGAAACACAGUGGCCGCCUGGUGCCCACGGCUACCCCCGAUCUCAUACGCCCCUAUCGCGAUCUGAGCAUCCUCAGCAGACGUCAAUGCGCCCUCCCAUGGGUCAAGCAACACCACUGGCCGAUAGCGUUGGCCUUCAAGCGUACGGACAGCGACUUCCGGAAGAGCCUCGUCACCAAUAUCUCGAUGCUUACCCCACACGCGACGAGAGGUUUGCACGUGAGGAGCAAGCCUACCAUCAGCAAGCUAGGUUGCGCAACGAAGAGCUCCGUGACGGUGGGGCGAGAUAUAGAGACGAGAUGAUGAGGAGAGAGGGCGGGAUGUCCGGAGCGCCGCCACCGCCGCCACCUCCGACCGUCCCGCAGCAACCGCAGCAUGAGCACAGAGGAAGCCAUGGAGGCCCGAUGGAUUGGGCGAGUGCGGUGCCGCGGGGCCACGAGAGAUGGCAACCCCAUCAGCGGUAGGCGGCCGAUGGAUCUGUGUGCAUCUAGAGUUUUCUUUGCAUUGAAGCGGUGUUGUAGCGCUGAAGGUGCAUAUUGUGUAUAUGGCAGGGUUCUCAUCAUAUAUUGGGAGGCACUUUGUCGCGUCUUUUACGCUUCCAUCUUUUCUGUUUGGAAGGAUCAGGAGAAACGUGAUUUAGCUUUGAAAAGGGGGAGCUGUGGGCAUUUACACUGGCCUUUGGUCAUGUUUAGGGCUUGGAGUU